CUGGAGGAGCGCUCUGUCAUCUCGCGGCGCCCUGCGCUGAACCGAAGGGAAGUGAAAGGAACCGAAGGCGCGGCUGUUGAAGGAACAGAGCUGUGUGGUGGGCGAACGUGCGUUUCCGUGGAAUUUGGAAGAAGAAGAAGAAGACGACGACGACGACGACAACGGAGAGUACCUGCUCUGUAUUUAUUUUUAAGGAGAUGUUGACGGACGCGUGGCCUGUCUAGCGCCGCAGCUCCCGGGGCUGUGUGUGUUUGUUUAUAUCGACGCGCGGUGUUCCUCACUUCCUGCAACGGGCCGAACCUCGUCCCGCUCUCCUCCCGCCCGGCUCUCGACUCGUUGCGGUUGGACCCGCGACACCUCGACGAGGAAGGGAGGCGCGGUGCGGUUCGGGUUCGGGUGCAGGAGGAGGAUGUGGGUUCGCAGUUAGAGACAGACUGAGGAGCAGCAGGGGUCAGAGACUGAGCAUCCCGAGCAUCCCGAGCAUCCCCAACCCUCCGCCCGAGUCCCAGCAGCUCGGCGGACUCCGAGACGCGCAGCCACAAGCUCGUGCUGUUGUUGUCCGCGCGCCGUGCGGGCGCUUCCCCCCCGCCCGUUUUUUCGGUUUACCUGCUGUGAAGGUCUCGCGGAUCGUUCUGUGACGAUCAUGCACGACGCGUACGAGCCGGUGCCCAUCCUGGAGAAGCUGCCCCUGCAGAUCGAGUGCCUGGCGGCCUGGGAGGACUGGCUCCUGGUGGGCACCAAACCGGGCCACCUGCUCCUGUACCGCAUCAAGAAGGAUGCAGGUACAAACAGGUUUGAAGUGACGUUGGAGAAAUCUAACAAGAACUUCUCAAAGAAGAUCCAGCAGCUGUUUGUGGUGUCACAGUAUAAGAUCCUGGUCAGUCUUCUUGAGAACAAUAUCCAUGUCCACGACCUCCUGACCUUUCAGCAGAUUACUGUGGUGUCCAAAGCAAGAGGAGCCACGCUCUUUUCCUGUGACCUGCAGCAGUCCAGCUCCAGCGAGGCCCAGCUGAGGAUGUGUGUUGCGGUGAAAAAGAAGCUGCAGUUGUACUACUGGAAGGAUCGGGAGUUUCAUGAACUGCAGGGGGACUUUGCUGCACCAGACAUUCCAAAGUCCAUGGCCUGGUGUGAGAACUCCAUCUGUGUGGGAUUCAAGCGGGACUAUUACUUGAUUCGGGUAGAUGCACGUGGCUCCAUCAAGGAGUUGUUCCCCACAGGCAAGCAGCUGGAACCCCUGGUGGCACCCUUGGCUGAUGGGAAAGUGGCAGUGGGCCAGGAUGACCUCACAGUAGUGUUGAACGAAGAUGGGGUUUGCACACAGAAGUGUGCCCUCAACUGGACAGACAUCCCCAUUGCAAUGGAACACCAGCCCCCCUACAUCAUUGCGGUUCUCCCUCGGUAUGUCGAGAUCCGCACCUUUGAGCCCAGGCUUCUGGUGCAGAGUGUGGAGCUGCAACGACCACGCUUCAUCACCUCUGCUGGACCGAAUAUCGUCUAUGUUGCCAGCAACCAUUUUGUGUGGCGCCUUGUGCCUGUUUCCAUAGCAACCCAGAUCCGGCAGCUCCUGCAGGACAAACAGUUUGAACUGGCCUUGCAGCUGGCGAAGAUGAAGGAUGACUCAGAUGGUGACAAAAGGCAACAAAUCCACCACAUUCAGAACUUGUAUGCUUUCAACCUCUUCUGUCAGAAGCGAUUUGAUGACUCGAUGCAGGUGUUUGCCAAGCUGGGCACAGAUCCAACCCAUGUAAUUGGGCUGUAUCCGGACCUCCUACCUUCGGAUUACCGAAAGCAGCUGCACUACCCCAACCCGUUGCCCACGCUGUCUGGUGCAGAACUAGAGAAGGCCCAUCUGGCACUUAUUGACUACCUGACACAGAAGCGCAGCCACCUUGUAAAGCAGCUGAAUGAUUCUGAUCCUUCCACCACAUCCCCCCUAAUGGAGGGCACCCCCACCAUCAAGAGCCGCAAGAAACUGCUGCAGAUCAUUGAUACGACUCUGCUCAAAUGUUACCUGCAUACCAACGUGGCUCUUGUUUCACCUCUCUUACGACUAGAGAACAAUCACUGUCACAUUGAGGAGUGCGAGUAUGUGCUGAAGAAGGCCCACAAGUACAGCGAGCUCAUCAUUCUCUAUGAGAAGAAGGGCUUGCACCAGAAAGCCUUGCAGGUACUACUGGAUCAGUCCACAAAGGCAAAUUCUCCACUGAAAGGUCACGAGCGCACAGUCCAGUACCUCCAGAGACUGGGAUCUGAGAACUUGGGGAUCAUUUUUGAGUUCUCUCCUUGGGUGCUGAAAGCCUGCCCAGAAGAUGGCUUGAAGAUCUUCACAGAGGACCUCACUGAGGUGGAGACCUUGCCCAGGGACAAGGUGCUGAACUUCUUGAAGGAGGGCUUCAAGGAGCUUGCAGUGCCAUACCUGGAACACAUUAUCCAUGUGUGGGAGGACACAAGCCCUGAGUUCCAUAAUGUUCUCAUCCAACUCUACCUGGAGAAAGUACAAGGGUUGAUGAAGGAUUAUCUUUGCUCACUCCCUACUGGUGUGCCCCCUGUAGCUGCAGGGAAGGAGGAGGGUGAUCUUGGGGAGUUCAGAAACAAGCUCUUGAACUUCCUGGAAAUUUCUUCCAGUUAUGAGCCAACAAGGCUCAUCAGUGACUUCCCCUUUGAUGGUCUUCUGGAGGAACGUGCCCUGCUCCUUGGUAGAAUGGGAAAACAUGAGCAGGCCCUGUUUAUCUAUGUGCACAUUCUGAAGGACACCCGCAUGGCAGAAGAGUACUGUCACCGGCAUUAUGAUAGAGUGACUGAGGGGAACAAAGAUGUAUAUCUGUCGUUGCUGCGCAUGUACCUGUCCCCCCCAGAUGUGCGCUGCCUUGUGCCCAUCAUGAUGGAUCUGCCUGAACCACAGGCCAACUUGCAGGCUGCUCUCCACGUCCUGGAGCUGCACCAUAGCAAGCUGAACACAACCAAGGCAAUAAACUUGCUUCCAGCAAACACACAGAUCCGUGAGAUCCGUGUGUUCCUGGAGAGCGUGUUGGAGGAAAAUGCCCAAAAGAAGCGCUUCAACCAGGUGCUGAAGAGCUUGUUGCAGGCAGAGUUCCUGCGGGUUCAAGAGGAGCGGAUCUUCCACCAGCAGGUAAAAUGCAUCAUCACAGAGGAGAAAACAUGUCGCGUAUGCAAGAAGAAGAUUGGAAACAGCGCCUUUGCCCGGUAUCCUAAUGGGGUAGUGGUGCAUUACUUCUGUUGCAAGGACCGCAACACCUGCCCCGCUGAACUGUGAUCCCCCUUCCCCACCUCAUUGACCGCACAACACAAGAGGGUGGCUUGGAUGCCCAUACCCCGCCAGCCUCUUGCAAUUAAAGCGGCACCCCCUGCUCGUGGUAUCCACUGUGCACCGGAGCCACAGCGGAGCAUGCUAAUGGAGGAUCCUGCAUGCAAGUGGGUUCAUAGUGUUGUCUUCGCUGGAGCCCUAGGCCUCUCUGUCUGUCUGUCUGUCUUGGGGGGGGUUUAGCACCUCACUGAAGGUCUGUACAGAUGGAAAUGGACUGAUGUCAUCAGCUUAUGAACUUUUGACAGCAGACUGGCGUUAAGUGACCGGACAAUAAAACGUUGCUUUAAAGCCACUCCCCUACUGCUGCUUUGCAUUCAUGAGUACAUGUGGUGCCGCCUGUGUUGUUUUUCCAACAAAAUGCACUUCACUUCACCCACAGGAACCCUACGGAAGAAUUGCAGAAUGCCUUGGAUUUGUCAAAAUCCUGUUAUAAAUUUCUUGCAUUAAUUUCCCUUCUGUUGUGCUCUUAUUCCACUGUAAAUAAUUUAAGUGGUUGUGUGUAUUGUGAGUUAAGGGUAUAACAUUUUAAAGGGAGUACUGCGAGUACCUACAACUUAGAGGGAGGGCUGGCUAAGCAUUUUGCAUUUAUUC